AAAAUUUCUUCAUUGAAACUAUCUAUGUCAUUUUCUACAGAUAAUAAUUUUUUAAAAUGAAUUAUUUGAAUGCAAUCACUAUCAGACAUAUACUACGUCUUCAAUUAGAAGUGUCAAUGGUUCAGAAGUUAUAAAUAAGUAGCUUUUCCGUUAGAAAAAAUACAAGAAAUUGAGAGGGAGCUUUGUUAACUUGGACGAAAAUGGAGAAGAAGUAUAACAUAGAUGAAUACAAAGGCCAAACAAGAUUACCCAAUUUUGCAAUUCCAAAAAAAUAUGAACUUCACUUACUACCUGAUUUUUCAGCAUGCACUUUUUCUGGCACUGUGCAAAUUACUCUUUCUAUCAAAGAAAACACCAAGUUCAUUGUCUUAAACUCCUUGGAACUUGUUAUUCAAAAUACUUGGUUCACCAACUCUUAUGGCAAGUACACUCCAUGUGAUGUUGUUGUGGAUGAUAAGGAUGAGAUUCUAGUUCUUGUAUUUGAUGAAACACUUGGUGUUGGAGAAGGAGUAUUGGUGAUUGAGUUUUCUGGAAUCCUUAAUGAGCAUCUAACAGGAUUCUAUACAUGCACUUAUGUUGAUGGAGAAUUGAAGAAAAAUAUGGCAGUAACCCAGUUUGAGGCAGUAGAUGCAAGAAGGUGUUUUCCAUGCUGGGACGAACCUGCUCUAAAGGCAAGUUUCAAGGUAACACUUACUGUGCCAUCAGAGUUAACUGCAUUGUCUAACAUGCCAGUUGAAAGUGAAAAGCUAGAUGGGGAAUUAAAGACUGUUUAUUUUGAGGAGUCUCCUAUCAUGUCAACUUAUUUGGUGGCUACUGUUGUGGGCUUAUUUGACCAUAUUGAGGAUACAACUACUACUGGGGUUAAGGUUGGUGUAUAUUGUGCUGUUGGAAAGAGUGAUCAGGGGAAGUUUGCAUUGGAUUUAGCUUUGAAGUCACUAGAGAUAUAUACCAAGUACUUCUCAGUGCCUUAUCCACUUCCCAAGCUGGAUCUAGUUGCAGUUCCUGAAUUUUCUGCUGGAGCCAUGGAGAAUUAUGGUUUAAUUGUAUACAGAGAAAAUGAACUGCUUUACCAUGACUUGUACUCUACACCUGCUAAGAAGCAAAGAAUAACAAUUGUGACAGCACAUGAAGUAGCUCACCAAUGGUUUGGAAAUUUGGUAACUAUGGAAUGGUGGACUCAUUUAUGGCUCAAUGAAGGUUUUGCAACAUGGAUAAGUUAUAUGGUCACACACACCUUAUAUCCAGAAUGGAAUAUUUGGAGUCAGUUUCUUCUAGAAACUGCUGAUGGUUUACAAAUGGAUGCACUGGAAAAAUCACAUCCAAUUGAGGUAGAAAUACAUCACGCACGCUCAGUCAUCGAAGUUUUUGAUGCUGUCAGCUACGAGAAAGGAUCCUCCGUAAUUAGAAUGUUGCAGGGUUACCUUGGAGAUGUUACAUUUCAGAAAUCAUUAAGCACAUAUAUAGGAAAAUAUCAAGCCAAAAAUGCAAGAACAGAAGAUCUAUGGAAUGUUCUUUCCGAAGUAUCUGGUGAGCCAGUCAACUUAAUGAUGAACACUUGGACAAAGAGCACAGGAUAUCCAGUUAUCUAUGUUCAAUUAACUGAUAAUAUCUUGGAAUUCCAACAGUCGCGAUUCCUUUUAUCGGGUCUGCGUGUCGAUGGAAAAUGGAUUGUCCCCAUAACCUUUUGUAUUGGUUCUUAUGAAAGACAAAAGAAAUUUCUUUUGGAGAAAAGCGAUGAAAGGGUGGAUAUAUCUGAACUGAUUCAAUAUAUCGGUGAUGAUGAAAAUUCAAAUGAAAAUAAACAUGAAGAGGAUAGUCAAGAAAAUCUAUGGAUCAAAGUCAAUGUUGAUCAGAGUGGUUUUUAUAGAGUAAAUUAUGAAGACAAGCUUGCAGUUCGAUUGAGGAAAGCCUUACAAAACAAUUACUUGCUGCCUACUGAUAAAUUUGGCAUUUUAGAUGACGGAAACGCGCUUUGUCAGGCUUGUGAACAGUCACUGUCAUCUUUGCUUAUGUUGAUGGAUGUUUAUCGAAAAGACUUAGACUAUGUUAUCGUAUCAAGACUGAUCGAUGUUUGUUAUGAAGUUCUGAAAAUCUCCACUGAUGUCAUUCCAGAUUCAGUAAAAGAGUUGAAGCAAUAUUUUAUCAGCCUUCUUAUAUAUUCUGCAGAACGGUUAGGUUGGGAUUCUAUAUCUGGAGAAGACCAUUCUAGUUCACUUUUGAGAGGAGAAAUUUUUCAGGCCUUGGCUACCUUUGAUCAUGAUAAAACUCAACAAGAAGCAAUUCGCCGGUUUCAGACUUUGUUGAAUGACAGAAACACUUCACUUCUUUCAACCAACACAAGAAAGGCUGCUUAUGUAGCUGUAAUGAGAAGAACUACUGGUGAAAGUAAAACUGGAUUGGAGUCCCUAUUGAGUUUCUAUAAGAGCACUGACGUUUUGCAAGAAAGGGAAAGAAUAUUGCGUUGUAUUGCAUCAAGUGCUGACCCAAAUGUUGUUUUGGAGGUUCUGAAUCUUUUGUUGUCUGAUGAGAUUCCAGAUCCAGAUAUCAUUUUUGUACUAAGGGGAAUAAGUUUAGAAGGCGGUGGAAUAGCAGUCAAGUGGUUGAAGGAUAAUUGGGAAAGAAUCUUGACCAAAUAUGGUGCUGGACUCUUACUCACCAACUUCAUAAGCCUAAUAGUUCCACUGGUUAACAGCAAUGAUGAAGCAGAUGACAUAGAAUCAUUUUUUGCCAGCCGCGCGAAUCCUUCCAUCAUUAUGAACUUGAACUUAAGCAUUGAGAAGAUCCGAAUCAAAGCAAGGUGGAUUCAGAGUGUGAAGCAAGAGCACUCUCUGCCAGACUUAAUCAAACAAUUAACUCAGAAGAAAUGAUAGCCAUAGCCUUGACAUCAAUUUCAUACCAGCAAGUAACAAUUUAGGACAUUCCUAAUUUUGUUUCUAUGUAUGGAAUUAUAUAAACAUUGAGUGAAGUCUAGUUUGGGUAAGAACAAAUAAGUUACCAAGAUUCUAACUACAUAUAUAUAGACUAUUGCUCAUCCACCUCUAUUUUCGCCCACCCGCCCCCAGUACACUACAAAAACUAGGAUCUAGUAAAAAGCCGGAAAAAAUGAGCAAACACGGUGGCUGGAUGGGCAACCACCAACCAUAUAUAUAUUGCUUAAAGUUGGUAUCAUCCUUAUUUGUAUGAACUUUAAACUAUGUACUUGUUUGUUAUAUUUGUGAAAUGCCAAGUCUACUCACUAGAUAAAGUUCUUAGUUAUCUCUAUAAAA